UUUUUUUUUUUUUUUUUUUGGUGAAGCGGAUGCUUUGCCUCUUUGCUGCAGUAAUGGGCACUGCCUCCUCUUCAGUAGGCAGGGGUGACCUCUGGCACGGUUACUGCACAUCUGUGGUAAGCGAUGUUGCAGGGGAGCUCCACUUGUUUACACUUGGUCCACAUUCUUACCGAUUCACGAUUCACGAGAGGCUCGCCGCACACAUUCCGGACCUGCUCACUGCCUCCUCCUUACACAUUGGCGACCACUAAUGUGCUACCUGGCUUCACCAGGUUAACUGGCUUUCUGGCAGACCAGAAUGGAGCUGUUGACACUGUUGUUCAUCUGCUGUGCGUGUGUGUCAUUGAUCACGAAGGCUCUAUUAGCGCACAGGUCUUUUGUAGGAGUCAGGCCUGUACAUGUUGGCCCCGAAAGCUGUAUGGCAGUUGCACCAGUGGCAGAUGCCAGCACCCAGUGCUUCGCUCCUGACAGUGAGUUAUGCAAUGGUGGAAGAACAGAAAACAGGUUGCCAGCUGACGGGGCUCUGUCAUAGCUUAGGCUCAUAUUGUCCACCUUGGGUACUUCCGAUCCCUAGUUUUGGCAGAGAACUGGUGAAGAUGGUUACAGUCGUUCUUAGUGGUUAAACUUUUGAAUGAACAUUUUUAUUUCCUUUUCAAGAGUCUGGGUCACUUUUGAGGGGAUCCUGAUGUUGCUUAGGAGCACUGUUAGAAUGGAUUUGAAGCGACUUAACCCUUGUGGGUUUUCUUUUUAAGAUUUGUGCAUAUAACAAACACCAAUAAAUUUGACACUAAGUCUGAUACAGUGUUCCCGCCUAUUGCAACCUUUGCUGUAAAAUAGGUUAAAUAUGGUCUCAUUGUUCUCUUCCACUGACCUUCUAAGUACAGUGUCAAUAAACCUCAUUAUACCCUUUUCCAAUCAGCGGCUUUAUUAUUAACUGUGUAGUGUGGCUUUCCUAAGUUCAUUUGUGAAAAUGGGUUUUACUUCUUUAAAAGCAUUCGAGUAUCACUUCUGGGCAGUCUAAUCUCUCAGCUCUCCCAAAUCCCCACCUUGACUGAAUCUCCACCUUGAGCUCAUUUGUUUCUGUCUUGACUCAGGCUGUCACCUAUUGCUAAUCUCGGGAAGCUCCAGACUGUUUUGUGUCUGAUGCGCCUUUACCUGAUCCACUUUAACAGUGGGUGCUUUUGCAGGGGCAGCUUUAGACAGAGGAGCAGGCAACAAGCAGCAGUGCCCCCAGCAAUAGCAGAAACCAUGUUCUGGCAUAGAUGUGACUCGACUCUCCCUGGUUCCUUUAAUUGUCACUUUGUGAGGUCGCUUUAUUUCCUUCCUCUGUAUCCUCUUGAUACCUUGAAAAUCUUGUUCUGAAACGCUCCUAGAAGAUGGGGGCACAUAGAUCUUACGUACUUGAGGGAUAGAUUGCCUUAACAGCUUCCUGCUGGCUGGUUCCUCAUUCCUUGAGGAUUAUCUGUUCAUAGCCGGCUCCUGUCUCCAUCCUCCCAUUAGACCAGGUGGCAUGUAUUCUGUCUGAGGACUUAAUGUUGUUUACAAGUCAGCAGGCUAUUGGAAAUAGUUUUAUUAGGGGAAAAUGGAAGCAAUAUCAGGAAAGGAGUUUGACUCAGUUCUUGGUCUUUCUAGGCUAGUACUGCAUUGGCAAUGAGAGAGCUCUGCUUCUUGGGCACAGCGGCCCUGUGUAACUCUCACCUGUAGAAAACACUCUCUCUAUAUCUGUCUAUAUCUAUCUAUCUAUCUAUCUAUCUAUCUAUCUAUCUAUCUAUCUAUCUAUCUAUCUGGCUGGCAGGCAGGCUUCCUUCAAAGGACCCCAUAAUUAAGGCCAGCAGACUGAGGAGGUAGACUUUCCCAUCUUGGGCACAGCCAUUGCUUCUGCUAUGAGAGACAAGGGUCUUCUUUCUUGGCUUUACAGCGCCACUUUGCCCAGCCCUCAUCACAGAUUCCCCACCAUUGGGUUACAUAGUUUGAUUUUAAUCUUUAGUCUUGCUUUAAUUAGAUUAUGGCAGCCCUUGUUUUUUCUCCUUUAAUUUGGGGUGUAGUAUGUCCUUACAUGUAAUUGUUAGGAAACCCUCAGUGGUAGGAUAGGUAUUUUUCCUCUCUGUAAUUCAAUUCCCCUGUCUCCCACAAAGAGUCCUUUGGAGUAGUCUUCUGACAAGGCGUGGUAAGGAUGUCAGUACCUGGGUGCCUUCUUAGGUGCCUUUUGCAUAUUCUGUUCAUAAAGAAUCCUGAUGAUAUGUGGUUUUUCUGGAUUUAAGUGCACGUUUUAAAAGUUAAUUAGAAUUCUGUAGCUAUUAAAAACCAUGUUGUUAAAGAGCGUGCAGUGACAUGGGAAGUACGCACACUGCACAUCUUUUUGGUGGGGCUUGACUAUUCCCCAAACACCUCUACUGUCUGCUGUGCCCUCUGUUGAGCUCAGUGUUGGAAGUGGAUUACCCAUAGGGUUUGUAAAGGAGUUCCCAGUCUGCCUCUCUGCCUCUCUGCCUCCCUGCCUCCCUGCCUCCCUGCCUCCCUGCCUCCCUGCCUCCCUGCCUCCCUGCCUCCCUGCCUCCCUGCCUCCCUGCCUCCCUGCCUCCCUGCCUCCCUGCCUCCCUGCCUCCCUGCCUCCCUGCCUCCCUGCCUCCCUGCCUCCCUGCCUCCCUGCCUCCUUUUGGAAGCACCUCUGUCUGCAACUGCCGGAGCCCAUCUGCACUAACCUCUUCAUAUAGCGCUCUCUGCCUGCAGGAAUGGACCCCAUUCCAGAUGGUGGCCUUGGGUUUUUUUUUUUUUUUUUUUUAAAGGCUUGUCACAUCAGAUUUAGGGGAAAGGAAACUCUCAUUUUGAUAAUUGAAAUGCAUUACUUGAAGUCAAGCUGAGAGCUAACUCCCAAAAGCUGAGGCCAGCCAGCCACAGAGAGGUCGUUUGGUCCCAGAUGGUGAUGAGAACUCCAGAGAAGCAUGGAGGCUGCUAGAGUAUUUGGGAGUUAGUUCCCUUUCUGCCUAGUUGACCUUCCCCCUUUGGUUUGACCUGUAGCUAAUAAAUUCUCUAUUUGAUCUCAUUCUCUCUCUCUCCUCCUCCCCCCCCUCCUUUCUUUAAUUUUUUUCUUUUUAAUAUGGUAUAUGUGUUCAUAUGGUCUAUGCAUUGUGAAUGCAUGUACCUGUGGAGGUCAGAGGUCAGUGCUGAAUGUCUUCUGUUGUCCUCCACCGUAGGUUUUGGGAUAAAGUCUCUCAUAGAACCUGAAAUUCACCAUUUGGGCUAGAUUGGCUGGCCAGUGAUCUCCCUGUACCUUCCUGUCUUCCCCACCCCAGACCCCAGCUCUGGAGUCACAGAUGUCCAUCAUGCCUGGCCUUUAUGUGGGUACUGGAGAUCUGAAGUCAACUCCUUAUGCUCGCUCAACAGGCACUUCACUCACUGAACCAUCUCCUCAGCCCCCAGAUAGUCUCCAAACUGUAAAUUUGGUUAGGUAUCUUAAAACCCUAACACAUAGCAUAAUCAUGUUUUUAAAAACCACACACAGAGAGAAAGCAUUGGAAACAUAACACUUUUUCUCUAAAGCUUUUCAUAAUGAGAAUGCUAUAACUAUUUUUAAAUAGUACAUAAUUACAGGACCUAAAUCUGGGUGCACGCAUGCGCGCAUGCUCAUAUGUAGGUGCAUGUAGUAUGUGCAUGUGUGUGUAGGGGCAUGUGCCCAUGCAUGCUUAUACAAAGACUAGAGGAGAAUAGCAGACACCCACCACCCCCUCUUUCUUUUUCAGACAGUCUCUUACUGAAUCUACAGUUGAGCAUUUGGCCCCUUGGACCUCCACCCACAUGCUGGGGUUGGAGGAGUGUGCAGCCAUUCCUGUCUUUCACAUGGUGCUUGGGGUCUGAUCUCAGCCCCUCUUAGCAUCACAGCAAACACUCUUGGUCACUGGUCAUCACUCUAGCCCUGAACUCUUUAAAAAGAUAUUGUUACUUGUAUGUUCGUAUGUGUGUAUGUGUGUAUGUGUGUGUGUAUGUAUGUGUCUGAGAGUGUCUGCUGCUUGUGUGCAGUUUUCUGUGGGGACCAAGAGGAGGUGAUGGAGCUCGAUGGUCCUGGGGUUAGAAUUGGUUCCUAGGCACCUAUGUGCAGCCCUCGGAUUCCUAACUACUACACUUACUAAAGUCUCCUUAUUUUGAAUUGUUGCUAAGCAUCUAAAUGUAUGAGUUUCCACGUACCAUAUGAAGCGAAUAUUGUUACCAAAUCUUAAAUAAACUUAAAUUUUAUUUUAUUAAUUUUUAGUGUGUGUGAGUUACCUGGGGUGAUUAAAACAAGCUGGAUUUCUUUAGCCAUUUAGUUCAUCUUAUAUUUGAGAGUACUUCAGCAGAGACAAAGGAAAUGUCUGGUGUUCUGAUGGUCUUUCAUAUUUACAGAGAGCUUAUCUAAAGCCCAUAACUGCCUUCCCAACACAUGCGCCUUCUGAACAAGCUCCGUCUGUCUUCAGUGGCAUAUUUGAGAUGGCCUCCUUUGAGAGGGACAUCACCCUGCUGACAGUGGGUGUGGUUGGUGCAUUCUCAGAUCUGUGCAGACCACAGCCUCCCAUAGUAGAGUGUUUGCUUCUCUGCGCGUGCUUGCUGACAGCCAAGGGAAGGCUGGCUUUCCACUUGCAAGCACAUUUGCUCUUCCUGUCCUGCAGACCUCAGUGGAUGUGUUAAUCUCCUUGAUCUCAAAGAAGGCACAUGUUGAUAAAGCUGCAGUGAGUGCUAUUAGGAAUAUAUUAGGCAUUCCGUCAAAGUGUUUCAUAAAUGGAUUUCGUGUCAGCGCUAUUUAAAAAGGACUAAGCCAGCCGUAGAGAAAUGUGAGCCUGCGCUGUGGGGCUGAGCAGGCUGCUGCUUUAGGGAGUUCUUUGCCUGUGGACUGUUUGAAGAUGCUGGACUCAGAUUUUUGGCAUAGGGCAGCCCUAGAACUGGCUUAGAGAAAUUAGUAGGAAUUGUUAACAACUGUAGGCUUUUGAUGGGGGAAAUUUUGAAGAAAAAGAAAACCCUUUAAUACAUUUAUUUAAAGUCUGAAUUCUAUUUUUUGUUUGUUUGUUUAAUGGAUUGUGUUCUCAGUAGCCCAGAAUGGCUUCAAACUUCCUGUGUAGCCUAGGAUGGGCUCUGUGACUCUGUUCUGCCUCUCUCUGGGGUGUUGGGAUUGCAGUGUGAGCCACCACGUCUUGUUUAUACAGUCUGGGGAUUGAACGUAGGGCUCCAUGCAUGUAUUUCACAAUCACUGUGUUUCUCAUGUUCUUUGAUGGCACUCACCCCUCCCAUUGUUCUUUGCACAGACUCUUCCUACCGAUCUUCCGCCUUCUGUGUGAUUACCCUGAUUAAAAUAUACUUGAUUUUCUUACAGAAAUUUUGAGAUAAUUUGUUUUACAUAUAUUUAGUUUUUGCUGCAAUAAGAACUAAGCAUUUGGGGUUGGGGAUUUAGCUCAGUGGUAGAGCCCUUGCCUAGCAAGCGCAAGGCCCUGGGUUCAGUCCCCAGCUCUGAAGGAAAAAAAAAAAAAGAACUAAGCAUUUACUAAUAGGAGCCUCAGGGAUGGUUGGUAUGCAUUUCAUCCAACUUCCAGCCAUGGAGAGUUUAGAGUAGGAGGAACUUGGAAAGAUGCGUGCUGUGACUCUCAGUGCGGAGAUAGAACCAUGUCCAGAGACUGCAGUGCAUCAGGUUACAACUUAGCACCAGGUCCACAGAUUCUUGUUUUCUCUCCAGUUAUCAUCCUGAGCCCAUGGCAGCCUGGGCCCUUACAGCAUGCUCUGUUCUAGAUCAGUUAGGUCUUCCGGGAUCAACUAGAAAAAAAGAUUCUUUUCAGGAAAAAAAAAAUGCAAGAAAAAAAAAAAAAAAGGAAGGACAAGAAAUGUCCUCCCAAGUCACUGUACACAACUUUCUCUCUAUUAAAAUGUAGGGCCUAGGAUAGAGAGGUGCCAGAGCACAAAGGUUUUCCACCAUCGGUUAAUCAUACCUAGGCCGUCUUUGAGAACGAGCAAGCAGCUCAGGAAGCACAGUGCAAAUGUGACCUACAGCAACACAGCUCAGGGAAGUUCCAGUGCCCUGUGUAGUAUACACACAUUUAUGGUACAUUUGAUUCUGUAACAUAUAAUCUAUACUAAUUAUUAUGUUGUAUUAAACGUUCAUUUUUACCAACUAAAUUGGUUCUGGAACUCACCAGUGGAUUGUGGCUUUGAUUUUGAAGUACAUGGUUGUGCUAAAAACACAAAGGAUGCUGUUGUACUUUUUAUUUUACACUGUCCUUCGAGGCUGAGUCAGGAGAACAAGGGACAGUACUUAUCUACCGAAUGACUGUCAUGAUUUGCAAGCAAAAUGUCUUCACCAGGCACAUGAGUUUGAACAUUUGGUCCUAAUGCUGGUGGUUUGGGGGAGGUUGUAGAACCUUUUUGGCAUUAGGCUCUCCUUGAACCCAUAGGGCUUAGGGUACAGACUUGAAGGUUUUAAGUUAACUGAACUUCCAGGUAGAGCUUUCAGCAUCAUGGUCAGACAAGAUGUUAGUAAGCUGUGCCCCAAGCCGCUCUUACUACAGAUGGACUUCCCCACCUUGAUGGACCAUGUUCCCUGAACCAUGAGUCAAAACAUGAGUCUCUUCCCUUGUAUUGCUUCUUAGGUAUUUGCCACAGUGACAAGAAAAGCAGUGGCAGAAAUUGUACUCAGAAGUAAGGCCAUGAUUUGUAGGCCAUUGCUAUGACUGUGUGGUCUGUAGACCAUUGCUAUGACCAUGUGAUCUAUAAGGCCACUACUGUGACUGUGUUAGCUCUAAGGCUGUUCCUAGGACCAUGUGGUCUCUAAGGCUGUUACUCUGACCAUAGUCUGUGGGCCAUUACUGUGAGUGUGGUCUGUAAGUCAUUACAAUCAAUGCUGUCUGCUUUGUGGGAGGAAUGUGGAAAAGUUUGGAGUUGCAGGCAAGAAAGCCCUAGAAUGUCGUGAGGGGAGCUUAAUAAGAUAUUCUUCAUGGAGUUUGGGAGACCAGAAUAUCAGUGUGUGUAGAUAGUAAAAAUAGGCGAGGAGGUUUCAGUGGAGGACAGGAAUCUCUUGGGGCCUGGGCUAGUGGCCAUUCAUGUUACAUUCUGGGGAGAAUUUGGCUGUUUUCUGCACUGGAGACUCUAGUGUGUCAAAGAUGUCAGGAACAUGGGGCUCCUGUGGGAGAGAAUUAGAACGAGCUGAUUCCAGAGAUAGUGAGCGGAUUUCCUCCGUGGAAAUGAGUUGAGCAGAGCAUGCCCUUGAGGGCGCUGUGCUGUGACUGCUCACCGCUUUGGGUCAGGUUUCUAGUGAGUUUACAGAACAGAGCAGAGACAUGUGACGACUGUGAACUUUGGCAAGUAAGAGUUUGAGUUUAAAGUGCUGUUGGUGAAGCAGUAAUGACUUCGGAAGCAAUUACUGUAGUGGAGAGAAAGUGCACUCCAAGUGUGACCAAAGAACGAUGGUGCUGUGCUCCAUCCCGAUCAUCCCUACAGGUGUGCUUUCCUAGCUUCAGCUGCACAGGGACUGAGGCCACUGCAGCCAUGUGGAGCUAACCUCUGUCUGCGGGUGUAUCUUGGAGUACUCAUCCACAGAGUACUGAUUUUGUGUGUAUGGAUCAACAAACAUAAGAGUUAUGGGGUCGUGGAGGCUUACGUGGAGGUCUCAGGCUGAGCUAGGCUAUGUGUGGCAGUGUUGGAGUCCCUGUGUGAAGCUCCUCGAUAGAUUAUGUGUGCAGCUAACUGUGCAGGUGACAUCUAAGUUAAGGAUGUCAGGAACGUGGGGGUUCUGUGGAGGAAAACUGAGGGCACCAAGUAGGGCUAGCCAAAGGGAGAGUGGCUAUAUGUGCUGUAGCAGGCACCAAGGCAAUACAGCCCUUUCGGCCUCUGAGCACUGUUAGCAGGAGCCCCAGGUUGUGGACUUGGAGCUUCAGGCUUUCCACUUGCCCUGCUGGAUCCCAGCCUUGCUUUGGCCAGCCUUUCCCUGCUGCCCUCCCAGUCCUCUCACGGAGGGAGUUUUCCCUCCAUGUUCCUGUAUGUUGGGAAUAUGUUAAUCUGUUUUGAUUUUACAGGGGUUAGCGAUAUAACAUUUCCUCAGCUCUCAGACGACACUGGCCUUUUGAGCAGUGUAGGAACCGUGAGGUUGUGAGGCUUCUUGACGAAUGGACUGGACUUGUUUGCAUCACGGGUGACCGUGUGUCUGUGGGGCCUAUGGAGGGAUGCUAUGGCUUCAGUAGGAAGUGUUUUCCACAGCUUACCUGCGUGAGCAGGUGAUCCCCUCAGCUGCUGUGGGGGCACUGUUAGGGGAGGUUGUGAAAGCUUUGUGGCCUGGGGCCUAGCUGGCAGGGGUAGGCUAAGGUGCUGGGCUGGGCUUGCAGCUCUAGGCUGUCUCCACUUGUGUCUGGAACCUUCGAAUCCUGUCCAGUAAGAUUUGAGCAAGCCCCUCCCUCAAGCCUCUGUUGCUACCAUUGGCUGUGAGGAGUGGGACUCUCCGCCCGCCGCGCGCUGGACGGACUAUAUUACUUGUACUGGGAGUCAAGCUUAGCUCCCUUUAAGCCGCUUGGUUGAGAAGAGCUAUGAUGGGAAGCAAUUUGGAGGAAAAUAGCAAGAUCCUUAUGCGUCGUGGUCACUCAGACCAGACUGCGUCUGUCCUGUGGAAAGCGACCCAGUGGAGCAGGCAGGAGCACAUGUUAGGAGAGUCAGCUCGAAAGAGUCUGGAAUCUGAUCCAGAGGACUUCUCUGAUGAAACGAAUACAGAGAAUCUUUACGGCACCUCACCCCCAAGCACACCUCGACAGAUGAAACGCCUGUCAGCCAAGCACCAGAGGAACAGUGCGGGGAGGCCAGCCAGCCGAGCAAACUUGAAAGAAAAAAUGAACACACCGAGUCAGUCUCCACAUAAAGACUUGGGGAAGGGAGUGGAGGCCGUGGAGGAGUACAGCUACAAGCAGGGGAAGAAGACGCGAGCGACUCUGAGGACAACAGAGCGAGACCAUAAGAAAAAUGCACAGUGCUCGUUCAUGUUGGACUCAGUGGCCGGGUCUUUGCCAAAAAAAUCUAUUCCAGAUGUGGAUCUCAAUAAGCCUUACCUCAGCCUCGGCUGUAGCAACGCCAAGCUGCCAGUCUCUAUGCCCAUGCCUAUAGCCAGAACUGCGCGGCAGACUUCCCGGACGGACUGCCCAGCGGAUCGGUUAAAGUUCUUUGAAACACUGCGCCUUUUGCUAAAGCUUACCUCAGUCUCGAAGAAGAAGGACAGGGAACAGAGGGGACAGGAAAACACGGCUGCUUUCUGGUUCAACCGGUCAAAUGAACUGAUCUGGUUAGAGCUCCAGGCCUGGCACGCAGGCCGCACCAUCAAUGACCAGGACCUCUUUUUAUACACAGCCCGCCAAGCCAUCCCAGAUAUUAUCAAUGAAAUCCUCACAUUCAAAGUUAAUUAUGGAAGCGCUGCCUUCUCUAGAAAUGGAGCUGGUUUCAACGGUACCUCGCUAGAAGGUCAGUGCAGAACCCUUCAUGGGACGAACAGUCUAGGCUGUUCAACCUACCACGAGCACCUCCAGCGCCAGAGGGUCUCAUUUGAGCAGGUGAAACGGAUAAUGGAGCUGCUAGAGUACAUGGAAGCACUUUAUCCGUCCUUGCAGGCUCUGCAGAAGGACUACGAGAGAUACGCCGCAAAGGACUUUGAGGACAGAGUGCAGGCACUCUGCCUGUGGCUAAACAUCACGAAAGAUUUAAAUCAGAAGUUGAGGAUUAUGGGCACUGUUCUGGGCAUCAAGAACUUAUCAGACAUUGGCUGGCCAGUGUUUGAAAUCCCUUCCCCUCGGCCAUCCAAAGGCUACGAGCCUGAGGAGGAGGGCGAGGACACAGAGGGAGAGCUGAGGGAGCUGGAGAGUGGGACGGAGGAGAGUGAUGAGGAGCGAAGUCCCAAUCCGAGGGUGCCAGAGCUCAGGCUGUCUGCCGACACCAUCUUGGACAGUCACUCCCAGGGCUGCGCGUCCAGGAAACUUGAGAGGCUCGAGUCCGAGGAGGACUCUGUAGGCUGGGGGAUAGCAGACUGUGGUCCCGAAGCCAGUAGGCAUUGUUUGACUUCUAUCUAUAGACCGUUCGUGGACAAAGCACUGAAGCAAAUGGGGCUGAGGAAGUUAAUUUUACGACUUCAUAAGCUAAUGAAUGGCUCCUUGCAAAGGGCUCGUGUAGCUCUGGUAAAGGAUGACCGUCCUGUGGAGUUCUCUGACUUUCCAGGUCCCAUGUGGGGCUCGGAUUAUGUGCAGUUGUCGGGGACGCCUCCUUCCUCGGAGCAGAAGUGCAGUGCUGUGUCCUGGGAAGAGCUGAGGGCCAUGGACCUGCCCUCCUUUGAGCCCGCCUUCCUGGUGCUCUGCCGGGUCCUGCUGAACGUGAUCCAUGAGUGCCUGAAGCUGCGGCUGGAACAGAGGCCGGCCGGGGAGCCUUCCCUCUUGAGUAUCAAGCAGCUUGUGCGAGAGUGUAAAGAGGUGCUGAAGGGCGGGCUCCUGAUGAAGCAGUAUUACCAGUUCAUGCUGCAGGAGGUCCUGGACGGCUUGGAGAAGACCGACUGCAACAUGGAUGCUUUCGAGGAUGACCUGCAGAAGAUGCUGAUGGUGUAUUUUGACUACAUGAGAAGCUGGAUCCAAAUGCUACAGCAGUUACCUCAGGCUUCCCAUAGCUUAAAAAACCUGCUAGAAGAAGAAUGGAAUUUCACCAAAGAAAUAACCCAUUACAUCCGGGGAGGAGAAGCACAGGCUGGAAAGCUUUUCUGUGACAUUGCAGGGAUGCUGCUGAAAUCCACGGGGAGCUUUCUGGACUCUGGCCUACAGGAGAGCUGUGCUGAACUGUGGAUCAGCGCCGACGACAACGGUGCUGCCGACGAGCUAAGGAGGUCUGUCAUCGAGAUCAGCCGAGCACUCAAGGAGCUCUUCCAUGAGGCCCGGGAAAGAGCCUCCAAGGCCCUGGGCUUUGCUAAAAUGCUGAGGAAGGACCUAGAAAUAGCAGCAGAGUUUGUUCUGUCUGCGUCUGCCCGAGAGCUCCUAGACGUUCUGAGAGCAAAGCAGUAUGUUAAGGUACAGAUUCCUGGGCUAGAGAAUUUGCACGUGUUUGUCCCCGACAGCCUCGCUGAGGAGAAGAAAAUUAUUUUGCAGCUACUCAAUGCUGCCACAGGAAAGGACUGCUCAAAGGAUCCGGACGACGUCUUUGUGGAUGCCUUCCUGCUCCUGACCAAGCAUGGGGACCGAGCCCGUGACUCAGAAGAUGGCUGGAGCACAUGGGAAGCACGAGCUAUCAAAAUUGUGCCUCAGGUGGAGACCGUGGACACCCUGAGAAGCAUGCAGGUGGACAACCUUCUGCUGGUUGUCAUGGAGUCUGCUCACCUCGUACUUCAGAGAAAGGCCUUCCAGCAGUCCAUUGAGGGGCUGAUGACUGUACACCAUGAGCAGACAUCCAGCCAGCCAGUCAUUGCCAAAGCUUUACAGCAGCUAAAGAACGAUGCGCUCGAGCUGUGCAACAGAAUAAGCGAUGCCAUCGACCGCGUGGACCACAUGUUCACGCUGGAGUUGGAUGCCGAGGUCGAGGAGUCCGAGUCGGCCACGCUGCAGCAGUACUACCGAGAGGCCAUGAUUCAGGGCUACAACUUCGGGUUUGAGUAUCAUAAAGAAGUUGUUCGUUUGAUGUCUGGAGAAUUCAGACAGAAGAUAGGAGACAAAUAUAUAAGCUUUGCCCAGAAGUGGAUGAAUUAUGUGCUGACCAAAUGUGAGAGCGGCAGAGGCACAAGACCCAGAUGGGCCACCCAAGGUUUUGAUUUCCUACAAGCCAUUGAACCUGCCUUUAUUUCAGCUUUACCAGAAGAUGACUUCUUGAGUUUGCAAGCCCUGAUGAAUGAGUGCAUUGGGCACGUCAUAGGAAAGCCACACAGCCCUGUCACAGCUAUCCAUCGGAACAGCCCCCGCCCUGUGAAGGUGCCCCGAUGCCACAGUGACCCUCCUAACCCUCACCUCAUCAUCCCAACUCCAGAGGGAUUCAGCACCCGGAGCGUGCCUUCCGACACUCGGAACCAUGGCAACUCUGUUGCUGCUGCUGCUGUUGCUGCUGCCGCCGCCGCCGCCACCACUGCUGCUGGCCGCCCUGGCCCAGGUGGUGGUGACUCUGCGCCGGCCAAACCUGUCAACACUGCCCCUGAUACCAGGGGUUCCAGCGUCCCUGAAAAUGACCGCUUGGCCUCCAUAGCUGCAGAACUGCAGUUCAGGUCUCUGAGUCGGCACUCGAGCCCCACGGAAGAGCGAGACGAGCCAGCAUAUCCUCGGAGCGACUCAAGUGGAUCAACACGGAGAAGCUGGGAACUUCGAACACUCAUCAGCCAGACCAAAGACUCGGCCUCUAAGCAGGGGCCCAUAGAGGCCAUCCAGAAGUCAGUCCGACUGUUUGAAGAGAGGAGGUAUCGAGAGAUGAGGAGGAAGAAUAUCAUCGGUCAAGUGUGCGAUACCCCUAAGUCCUAUGAUAACAUCAUGCAUGUUGGACUGAGGAAGGUGACGUUUAAGUGGCAAAGAGGAAACAAAAUCGGAGAAGGGCAGUAUGGAAAAGUGUACACCUGCAUCAGCGUCGACACAGGGGAGCUGAUGGCCAUGAAGGAGAUUCGAUUUCAGCCUAACGACCAUAAGACUAUCAAGGAAACUGCAGACGAGUUGAAAAUAUUUGAAGGCAUCAAGCACCCCAACCUGGUCCGGUACUUUGGUGUGGAGCUUCACAGGGAAGAGAUGUACAUCUUCAUGGAGUACUGUGAUGAAGGCACACUAGAGGAGGUGUCAAGGCUGGGCCUUCAGGAGCACGUCAUCCGGUUGUAUUCCAAGCAGAUCACUGUCGCCAUCAACGUCCUCCAUGAGCAUGGCAUCGUUCACCGAGACAUCAAAGGUGCCAAUAUCUUCCUUACAUCGUCUGGACUAAUCAAACUGGGAGAUUUUGGAUGCUCAGUGAAACUUAAAAACAAUGCUCAGACCAUGCCUGGCGAGGUGAACAGCACCCUAGGGACAGCAGCUUACAUGGCCCCUGAAGUUAUUACCCGAGCUAAAGGAGAAGGCCACGGACGUGCGGCAGACAUCUGGAGUCUGGGGUGCGUCGUCAUAGAGAUGGUGACUGGCAAGCGGCCUUGGCAUGAGUUUGAACACAACUUUCAGAUUAUGUACAAGGUGGGAAUGGGACACAAGCCACCAAUCCCCGAAAGGUUAAGCCCUGAAGGAAAGGACUUUCUCUCGCACUGCCUGGAAAGUGACCCGAAGAUAAGGUGGACAGCCAGCCAGCUCCUUGACCACGCUUUUGUCAAGGUUUGCACAGAUGAAGAGUGAAGCUCUAGUCCGUGGCCUAGCAGUGUGUGGACAGAAUCCCGUGGUCACUACUGUAUGUAAUAUUUACAUAAAGACUGCAGUGCAGGCGGCCUCUUAACCUUCCAAGACUGAAGACUACACGGUGACAAGCCUCACUCCUGCUGCUCCUGGUGUCUGCAAUAGCACAGGACCCCCGAGUGACAGUGUUGACAAGGUUAAAGAAGCUGCAUGUUAAGUGCCAUUACUACUGUACACGGACCACCGCCUCUGUCUCCUCCGUUCCCCGUGUGACAUCAGCAUAGUGUUCUUGAGCUUCUGGGUUCAGAAGAAAAUGUAGUGUUAAUCAGGUGUCCAGGACCUUGUUUCCGCCUCCUGUUUGUUGGCUCUGACUGUGGCUCCGACUGUGGAGCCUCCUUGUUGGCAAGCUGCAGGUUUGUUAUGCAAAGGUUCAUAAGUGAAACUGAAGAAAAGGUUCUUUUUCAAUAAAUGGUUUAUUUUAGGAAAGCUAA